UUGUAGAUGAUCGAUACAGUUGAAUGAAAAUGCAUUCUAUUUGUGCGUUGGUCGUGAACAUUCGGCUGCAUUCAGUUGUUGAUAGUCUACCGCUAAAACUCACACAGUGAAUAUGUAUAUGCGUUGAUCACGAUGGAGGGAAUACAGAUUACGCCAAUGUCAGAGCUUCAUCAGGAGGCAGAAAAUGGCACAGAUAACCCAGCGUAUCUUGCAAAUAAUGCCGACACAUAUAAUGAAAAGAACGCUAGUAUCAACAAACCUACCCCUAAGUUCACGAAAUCUCUCUCGGAUGUGAAAAGUACAAGAGGGAAGAAACCUAUGUGGUGGUGUAAUUUUAUAGUAUCGAGGCCAAAGACAGCAUUUGGUAUCACAUUGGGUGGCCACAUAUUAAUUUUGCUUAUCACCGCAGGUCUGGUUUAUUUUGACUAUAACAUCUUUCCAGACUAUUUCACAGACCUACCUUUGGACAUCCGGAACGACGAACAGUUUAAGCGUGGAAUCGCGUGGGAUAGACGAGAUAACAACUUUCUGAAAGUGUACCGUACGCAAAGCAACGAAGUUCACAACAUUCGAACAGCAGAUUAUGAUUCUCUGGAAGUAAUCUUUUUUCAAAGAAAUGGAAAUGUUUUUAGCAAGGAAAACCUCGUGAAAAUUCAAGAUUUUGAACGGGAACUAAUAAACAUGAAAGACUUCGACAAAUAUUGUAGAUUGGAUGGAGGAAGUAAUAGUAGCUGUUUGUCACCGUCGUCAGUAAUUCGAUUUUUCGAUGGUUCGUACGUUGAAACUUACGGAAACGCGUUUUAUGAUCCACAAUUCGAUAACAUCUCUGCAGUAUUAAACGCUGCCUUAUUGAUCCCUGACUUGCAAGAGAUAAUGCAGUAUUUUCUUGAAGAGGAUUCUGUGGUAAACUCGGAAGAAGCGAUCUCUGAACUAACGCGUUUAGUUCUUGAUUUUGGGACACCUCUCGAUAAUAUAUCUGAAGCAUUAACGUUCGAAGAUGAACCGAAUACUGAAAUUGAUAAAUAUAUCGAUGAAUACUUCCAGACUUUUUUGAGCAAAAAAUUUGAAAGUGGCCUUGGCGAUGGCUUAGAGAUUACCUACUUUUCAAGGGCUAUAUACGUUAAUACAAUAAAUUCUGCAAUAUACCGUGAUCUUGCAUUGAUCGUUGGUAGUUUUGUUUUCAUUGUACUCUUUAUAUACUUUCAGACUCGUUCUUGGUGGAUUACUGGUUUUUCAGUUUUUAGCAUCAUUACGUCUUUUCUCUGUGCUAACCUCUUCUAUCGUGUCGUUCUCGGUUACGAAUUCUUUGGCAUAUUUCACAUACUGGCCAUCUUUAUUCUGCUUGGAAUUGGAGCAGAUGACGUAUUCAUCUUUGUAGACACAUGGCGCGCGACUGGACUAUUAUCGUAUCCAUCGCUCGCUCAUCGGCUGUCGGAUUCAUAUCGUCGUGCCGCGACAGCAAUGUUAGUCACAUCUUUAACAACGGCUUCUGCCUUCUUCGUAAAUUUCUUUUCGCCUUUUUUCUGUACAUCGUCAUUUGGAUUGUUUUCAUCUUUGAUGAUUGUGGCUAAUUACUUGUCUGUAAUUAUUUACUUUCCAACGGUUCUCAUUACAUAUCACACGUAUUGGAAAGAUUGCCGCUGCUGCUGUUGUGCAUGUUGCUACCCAAAGGAUGAUGGCACUGCUCCACGUGCCAACAUAGUUGUGCGUUUUUUCAGUGGACCGUUCUUCAAACUGGUGACGAAUAAAAUUUGCCGCUGGGUCAUUAUUGUAAUGUUACUAAGCAUAACAGCUUUUCUAAGUUACAUGAUUUCAACGAUAGAGUCUACAGAACGAGAUGUGCAAAUAUUUCCUGAUAGUCAUUUCAUUGAACAGCAUACGAAAAGGAGGUAUCGUUUUAAGGAUAGCGUCGAGGGGGAUGAUAUUGUUGAGCUCUACGUUGUAUUUGGAAUAAAAACAGUAGAUCUUAGUGUGUGUCAGUUCACUGAAUUCGAAUGCUUUGGUAACACUGUUUAUGACGAUUCAUUUGACAUGAAUUCACCACAAAAUCAACAAGCACUUUUGGAUUUUUGCACAUACAUUAGAGAUUUGGAUACCUCAAAAACAAAUGAGCUGUGGAUUCGACGUAGUGUGGUGACAGGAAAGCCAGAAUUACGUUGCUUUGUUGAAAACAUGAAGGACUAUUUUGAAGAUGACAAAAGAAACAUCAGUUUUCCUUUGACAUACAAUGGAACCUUGAAACUUAUUGAACAGAAUCCAGACGUUUACAAUAAUAGCCUUUUAACAACAGAUGAUCGUCUAUUUGAAAUUGGCUUGGCCUAUUGGUUAACGGAUGGACAUAAGGAAAUAGGCCUACAAGAAAAUGAUUAUUCACUGUACCACGGGUAUCUUGGAGAAGAAGCGAUCGGAAACACAUUCAAAAUAAGCAGUGGGGAAUCAAUAAACACUCGUUUGAAGUACGCCGCUAUUGUGAUCAACACUACGAUGAUAUGGGGAGAUUUUGGCUAUCAGAUUGGUUUACCAUUGUUAGAUACUUGGGAAAAGUUUAUUAAGGAACGGAUGUCGGAGAUGCCCGAAGGUGUAAAUAAAGGAUACCAAUGCACACCUGCUGGGUCUGGCUAUAAUUUCUGGUUGUGGAUGAAGAUUCAGGAGGAAUUAACCAACUCAGCAAUUCGCAGCAUUGCAAUUGGUAUCAGUGUUGCAUUCGUCGUGCUUGUUCUGACUACUCAAAACUUUAUCAUUGGUUUCCUGGCAACUAUUACGAUCUGCUGCAUCACUGCUUGCGUCAUGGGACUAAUCCCUAUCAUAGGUUGGACACUAGGGACACUGGAAUCAUUAAACCUAUCGUUAGUUGUCGGACUUUCCGUAGACUAUGUUGUACACUUGGCUGAGGGUUAUCACAUGGCCCAGAGUAAAGAUCGAAUGGGUAAAACCAAAGAAAUGUUGCAAACCGUGGGAAUCUCAGUUCUCUCUGGAUGUCUAACAACAUUAGGCGCAUGUUUUUUUAUGUUGUUUUCUGUCAUCACAUUUUUUCUGCAGUUUGGGUCGUUCGUAUUCUGUACAAUAGGAUUAUCAUAUAUAUUUUCAAUGUUUUUAUUUACUGCAAUGAUGUCUAUCGUAGGACCUGAAAAUAAUUGUGGUUCUAUUCAAUCAAUCUUCUGCUGUUUCCGCUCAAAACCGUAAUUAUAAUGUUGUUGAGAUGGAAUAUUUUGUUGAAAUGUAGGCCUAUAUCUAUCUAAAUGCAAAGUUACGGUACUGAACAAUUAACUCAUAGGUCAAUGCAAAUAAAUAUUUAUUAUAUUUUAAUAAUUCAGUAAUUUCAGGUACUUGUAUAUUUAUCAUUCUUAAGUUUUAUUAAUUUUUUUUAUCGUAAUAGUACAUCUACUAAUUUGUAUAUAUUUACUAUU